GUAGUCUCCUUGGCAGCAGGUGGCACGAGGGGGCGGAGCCUCGGACUGACCUUCUCCUGGGACUGGAAAGAGGAUCAGAGAGGAGGAUAUAAGAGCAGGAGACACACAACCAGCGUGAAGAAGGAGGAGGACGUGGUGAGAUACCUGGCACAGAUCAAAAUGAACGCCGGCCCCCCAGCAUCGAGCGCCCUGGCCCCUGGUGCAACCCAGGGCCCCACCACGCCCAAGAAGGGCCCGCCCAAGUUCAAGCAGAGGCAGACCCGCACGUUCAAGAGCAAGGCCCCCAAACCGGGCCAGAAGGGCUUUGGUGACGACAUCCCGGGCAUGGAGGGUCUGGGCACCGACAUCACGGUGGUCUGCCCCUGGGAGGCCUUCGGAGACAUGGAGCUCAGCGACCUGGCCAAAUACGGCAUCAUCUAACCCCCCUCUCGUCAUCUACCUCCUGCCAUUACCACUCAUACGUACUGUUGAUGAGAAACCUUCAUGUCGUCCAUCUCUCCUCAAAAGUCUCUUUAAAUGUGUAAAUAUCUUUUUUACCUCCCUUCUUUUUACUACCAAGUUGGCAACAUCACUUGGACUCCAUCACAGAGUGGAGGAACCACCUUCUCCACCCACUUCCUGUCUUAGAGACCACCCGUGUGUGUGUGUGUGUGUGUGUGUGUGUGCGUGCGUGCGUGUUGCCAGCCCAAACCCAACACAAUGUACUGUCACAAUUAAACGGGUUUAUUUUCACAACUGCGCUGGUCUUUCUUGCGGGGUGAACACACCAGAACCCUGCGCUCGUCCCUGUUGGCGUGAGCCCGGGAUGCAGGGUAUAGGCAAGGUGCACGCAGGAGUUGAGUUUGGAACAUGCAUGAUGCAUCACAUAUUCACAGUUUUCUCUAUUCAACAUGUUCGAAAAGGAGGAGGAAGAAGCAGAGCUUAUUUAAUCCUAUCCCUUUUCCUUUACAUGGCAGUUGCUAACACUUUUGUGGAUUACAUAUUUUAUAUAGCGCUUUUCUCUAGUGACUCAAAGCGCUUUUACAUAGUGAAAGCCAAUAUCUAAGUGACAUUUAAGGCAGUGUGGGUGGCACUGGGAGCAGGUGGGUAAAGUGUCUUGCCCAAGGACACAACAGCAGUGACUAGGAUGGCGGAAGCGGGGAUCGAACCUGGAACCCUCACGUUGCUGGCACGGCCACUCUACCAACCGAGCUAUACCGCCCUUUUGUUCACUUUCUGUUCUCAAUUUAUUCACAAUAUACUCCAUAAGUAAUAACAUUAAAAAUAAAUAAUAAGUUGUAUUACAUAUUGUGAGAGAAAUAAGAUUAUCAAUAAAUUCAGAAUGUUUAUCAUGGUUCUUAUUUUUGUACUUUGUAAACACUUCCAGUUGGAAGACUUUCUUGAAGUGGAUUAUAUUAGUACAUUGUAGUCUUGUCCCCAUACCGCUACCAAAAUGUAUUUCGAUACCUUUCAAUACUUUUCUA